AUGCGCAUAGCUUGGAAUGCCUGUGGUCUAAAUGUCCAGCUAGAUCGUCUCCAGCAGCAAAUCAGCCCAUCGGAACAGCGCCUCGAAGCCACCGAAGCGCCGGGUUCCCAUGUCAAUAAGCUCCAGGAUGUGAUCAAUUCAAUUUCUAUUACCUCAAAAACACAGUCCCUUCUACCAGCAGCUCGGUUGGUGGAAGUGCUAUCAGACCCGGCCCUUGCAAAUCACCCCACCGGCGAUUCCUUAAUUACCUCCGACAAGGAUGCCUCCAACUACCUCUGGCUAGCGGCGGCCAAAGCCGCGGUCCAGACGUCGGGUCUAGCAAUGAAUUCCCUACUGGACCACACGCUUCAGCUUCAAGAGGAGAUCUAUUAUUGGGACGAGGUGCUAGCCUCCAAAUGGCUCAGUGGUGUGUACACGGCACAGACUUCUCCCACCCGACUGUGGCACUGGUCAGUAGAUGUGUAUACUACACAUCGUGCUCGGGAAGCCUCUUCAGCUACUAUUACAAGAUCAGUAGCUGCAGGCUGGGCCCAAUUUUAUCAAAUCGCCCGACAAAGUUUACGAGAAUGUCCCAAUGUGCGCAGCUGGUCGCUACCCAUCAGAUCUUGUCGUCUAGAGAUCCGCCAGAAGAGAGACCAUCUGGCGGCCAUUAGAGAUCUCCAUACCAGUAGCCUUGGGCUCCUGAUGGAAGCUUGGUAUGCAUUUCAGACCGAGGAUUUUGCAGUCCAGACCAGUGCUUCAUCACAGCAAUGGCAGACCAGUGUAGCUAAAACAGUGCACCUGACCGAAGCUAUCCUUCAACAUGUGGUCAAUCAAUCUAGUACCGCAAUUUUCGAACAAUCCGUCUUCCAGGCCGUUGAAGUGGACACGGCCCGCGUGCAGUCGCAAUCUGAUUCUCCACUGCCUACUCAACAGCCAAAGGAUUUGAUUCAAUCUCUCCUUCGUGUCCUUCGAGACCAGAUACCUACUCACACUGCCGCUGUAUAUACCUCCAUGGAUAACCAUGGGCGUCCUUCGAGGCUCGUACGAUACUGGAUCCCUCUCUCAGUGGCUUUACUCUCAGGUAGCUUCUCUUUGAACAUUAUCUCUCGACGUCGGGAUGAUAUCAUCCAAUGGGUCAUGAAUAUCGGCUCCACUAUCAUGGAUUUCGGAAGCAACUGGGUGGUGGAACCCAUUCACAAGCUCGUUGGGACAAUCAGACACGACGAGAAGAGCGAAAUUGCCAUCAUGAGUAAGAACAGUUUGGAGGCUGAGCGGGCUAGCUUGGAACGGAUGGUAGUUGACUUUGUUCGCGAUCGACCGGAUUCUAGUAAGGGUAACGUUGCUGAUGAUACCGCCGCUAUUAUAAGUGCAGUUAAAGAAGGCGAUGUUACUCCUGUCUUGAAGGCAUACGAACGUGAUCUACGAUCACCAUUUGUGGGAACAGUUCGAGGCGAUCUGAUUCGCGCUCUGCUUAUCCAGAUCCAGAAAACGAAGGUGGACGUGGAGGUUGCAAUGAGUGGAAUCGAUGCUCUGUUGAAGAGCCAGGAACUUGUUUUUGGAUUUAUUGGUCUCACGCCCGGAAUCUUGGUUUCAUAUACCUCUCUACAGUGGUUUGCAGGACUCUUCAGUAACCGCCGAGGUCUACGACAAGGCAAGAAACGAUUUGAGUUUAAGCGCAGACUGCGACAUGUGACACGAAUCCUAACAUCAGCGUCUCUGUCCUCCAAUGGGGUGAUUUCCUACAAGGACUCAGGCCGCUUGAUAUGCGAAGCCGAGGCUCUACUCCAGCAAGCCAAAACUGUUUUGGGAGGUCUACAGUACCGAGAGUUCCGGGAGGAUAUCGGAGAUCUCUUGGACAUUCAGGGAGGAGUCACCAAGCAGCUUCGCGUGGUCGAGAGGAUUCGCUGGACAUAUUUCCAAUGA